AUGUUGACACCUUGUACUCUAUACUACUUGUUUGUCGGACGCUUCAAACAUAUGGUAUUUGGUCUACGAGAUGUACGUGUUAUAAAAAUCGAGAAGCUAAAACGGAAACACGGUAUCGAGUUGGUUAUGCCUUCAGAUGCAAUAUUUGGCGAAUCAAGCCUGCUCAAGUACAUCUACGGAUGCUGCCACAGGGCGUUUAGAGACUUUCAUGUAUACUCACAGGUUACCAAGAAUCGCAAUUAUUUCUCCGAUGAGAGGAAAAAUUUCCGUGAAUGA